AUGAUUGAAGAAAUAACAUCAACAAUAGUAAAUGAUGUCGAUAUUGAUAAAACUGAUAAUAAGACAUCAUUUAUGCGUCCAAAUAUUCUAUUAACAGGUCUUCGUCGAUCAGGUAAAACAUCCAUACAACGUGUUAUAUUUACAAAAAUGCAACC